AUGAGGGGCAUAUUCAAGGCUGCGACGGCAGUGGCUGCAGCAGCGACCUGCUUCCAGCCAGGGCGAGCUCAAACUUGGAGCCGCUGCAAUCCAGUCCAGGGGGGACAAUGUCCCCCCGACACGGCGCUCGGGAUGGCAGUCAACGUCGACUUCAGCAAAGGCGCCGUCAACUCCUUCGCGGCAUCCGGCACCCCGAGCUACGGCCGCGACGGCGUGUCCUUCACCGUCUCCCGAAGCGGUGACGCGCCGCAGCUCGCGUCCCUCUUCUACAUCAUGUUUGGCCGCGUCGAAAUCACCAUGAAGGCCGCGCCCGGCGCAGGAAUCGUCUCCUCGCUGGUCCUCGAAUCCGACGCCCUCGACGAGAUCGACAUCGAGUGGCUCGGCACCAACCCGGACGAGAUCCAGUCAAACUACUUUGGCAAGGGCCAGACCACCACCUACAACCGCGGCCAGUUCCACUCCGUCAGCGGCACCCAGGCCGGCUUCAUUACCUACACCAUCGACUGGACGCAGGACCGCAUCAUCUGGAUGGCCGGCGGCAAGGUCGUCCGCGAGCUCAAGGCCUCCGAAGCCCAGGCCAACCAGUACCCCCAGACGCCGAUGCAGGUCAAGUUUGGCGCCUGGGCCGGCGGCGACCCCAGCACCAACGCCGCCGGCACCGUGGAAUGGGCCCGCGGACCGACCGACUACUCCAAGGGCCCCUUCAGCAUGCUCGUCCAGAGAGUCGUCAUCUCCGACUACUCCACGGGCAAGCAGUACAGGUACAAGGACUCCUCCGGAUCCUGGCAGUCCAUCGAGGCCGUCGACGGCUCUGUCAACGGCAACUUCGGCAAGGGCAACUCCCUCACCGUCACGGCCACCGCCGUCGGAACCGCCCCGACCACGACGGGCAUCGUGCCCAUCCCCGUCGGCGGCAUAGCCAAGGACGGGAGUCCCGCGACGGCCACGCAGACAGGUUGGCCGUGGGUGGCCAGCGCCAGUCCCAGCGGCGGAACCGUCCCCAGCGGCUGGUACAUCAAUUCCAACGGCAAGAUUAUGCGCAGCAACGCCGCGGCCUUGCAAAAGUCGGCCUCCUUCUCCGUUGCUAUUUUAGGACCUCUGACGCUGGGCGUCGUGGUGUUUUUCUACCGUCUUUGGUAG